CAUCCUGGUCCCCUCCUAGCCAUUGAGGAUGAUGAGAGGCUGUCAGCAGAGGAGAUGGAUGAGAGGAGGCGGCAGAACAUUGCCUACGAGUACCUGUGUCACCUAGAGGAGGCCAAACGGUGGAUGGAGGCCUGCUUAGAGGAGGACUUGCCCGCCACUACAGAACUGGAGGAUGGACUUCGGAAUGGUGUUUAUCUUGGAAAACUUGCCAAUUUUUUUGCCCCUAAACUGGUGCCUGCAAAGAAGAUCUAUGACAGAGAUCAGGCUCGUUAUAAGAGCAAAGGGCUGCAUUUUAGACACACUGACAACACUGUGCAGUGGCUUAGGGCCAUGGAGUCAGUGGGCCUUCCUAAGAUAUUUUAUCCAGAAACCACUGAUGUGUAUGACCGCAAAAACAUGCCCAGGGUGGUGUACUGCAUACAUGCACUAAGCUUAUAUUUGUACAAACUGGGGAUUGCGCCACAGAUCCAGGACCUGCUGGGGAAAGUCGACUUUACAGAGGAGGAGAUCAGUAACAUGAGGAGGGAACUGGAGAAGUAUGGGAUUCAGAUGCCAGCUUUCAGUAAAAUCGGAGGCAUCCUGACCAAUGAGCUCUCUGUGGAUGAAGCCGCUUUACACGCUGCAGUAAUCGCCAUCAAUGAGGCAGUUGAAAGAGGCCAGGCUUCUGUGACAAUGGGAGCCUUGAAAAAUCCUAAUGCAAUGUUGAGAAACAUGCAGGAAAUUCUGGCCCAAGACUACCAGGAUACACUGAGGAAGGCUAAGGCUCGGAAGAGGGACCAGUCAUCAGGAAGGCGAUCAUCGGUUGCUACAGAAGAAAGGGAUGUUUAUGAGGAGCUACUGACUCAGCAGGAAAUCCAGAGCUGCAUUGAUCAAGUCAACACCCAGGCAGCAGUACGGAAAGUGAAUGAAGCCGUGUUGGUCCAAGACAAAGCUGCUUUGCUGGCUGCUCUCAGACUUGAAGAUCUGUCACUGCUUGGUGUCCAGGAGGCAAAUGGUUCCUGGUACCUGGAACAUUUUACAACCUACAUCCAACAAAAAUCAAAGGAUGGAGGGAGGUCGGUGGUGCUGGACAAAGAGGAGAUCCACAGAAUUGUCAGCUCCUGUAAUGAUUUUGCUGAGGCAGAGAAACGAAAACUUGAGGCAGUUGCACGGAUCAACACAUCCAUUCGUCUGGGAAACGCUGCAGAGACGGUGGAGGAGCUGCUGAAUCCUGAGGCUCAGCUGCCAAUUGUCUACCAAAAUGCUGCCAACCUGUAUCAAGCUGAGCUGUUCAGUUUGCAGCUUCAAGGAGGACGGUCAGGACUGAGCCAUGAGGAGCUCAGCGUAGCUGUGGAGAUGCUGUCGGCUGUCGCCGUUCUGAACGAAGUGCUGGACACGAAAGACACACAAGCUGUUAUUGAACAGCUAACGGACUCUCCUCUGGGUUUUACAAACAUAGAGCAUGACAGCCUCAACAGGUAUGCUGACAUGCUUAUUGAAGAGCGAGCUGAAACUCUUUCCAAGAGCCAAGAGUUUCUCACUUGGAACGAUGUUCAGAAAUGUAUUGACAUGGUCAACGUUCAGGUCCAAGAGGAGCACGAACGUAUCAUAGCUAUUGCAGAGAUCAAUGAGGCCCUAAACUCAGGAGAUCACCAGCAGACCCUCGCUGCUCUGCUCCUCCCUACAGCCAAGCUGACGGGAGUAAACCCAGCCAUAGCAAAGCACUACCAUGACACACUUCAUCACAUCAAACAGCUUCUCUGCCAGAGUUCUGGAGAUGAAUCUGCAGUGCUCUGGUUGGACCAAAUCCAGGAAGCUAUCCUAACAGCCAAUCAGGAUGAAGAGGAUGCCCUUAUAAUGGCUGAAGCUGUUGCUCAUAUUAAUAAGACGGUGGAGGAGGGGGACUUCCAGAACACCUUGCAAGCUUUGCAGGUCGCUGGUGCAGGACUGAAAGCUGUGCAUCCAGACUGUGCAGAAACAUACCAGACUGAACUGGCACACAGGCAAACCACAAACUCUAGCAGAGGCAGCAGUGAUGGUGUUUGGGUAAAACACAGCAUCAAGGACAGAUAUGACUACUUCUACAAUCUAGAGACUGGGCAGGGCAGCUGGGACAAGCCUGAAGGAUUUGAAAAUAAUGCAGCACAACUCAGCAAAGAGGAGAUCCAGAAUGUGGUAAAUGUGGUUACUUCAGAGUAUAACAGGGAACAGCUAUGGUUAGCCAAUGAAACCUUCGUCAUCCAGCUGCAGGCAAAGAUCAGAGGUUUCUUGGUCAGAAAAAAGCAUUCACAGAGAAUGGAGUAUCUACGGCAUCAAGAGCAUCAUGUAGUUAAACUCCAGGCUUGCUGGAGAGGUUAUAGACAGAGGAGAAUCUACAUAGCGCGGAUGAAUUUGCUUCAGAAAAGUGUUGCUUCUGUGGUCAAGAUCCAGUCUAUAGUGAAAAUGUGGAAAGCAAAACGGAAAUACAGUCAAAGGUUGCAGUUCUUCCGAGACCAUGAAAAAGAAAUUAUAAAAAUCCAGGCUUUCCUGAAGGCAAACAAAGCAAGAGACGAUUACAGGACCUUAACUGGAGCCAGUGAUCCUCCACUGUCAGUGGUCCGAAAGUUUGUCCACUUGUUGGAGCAGAGCCCCCGGGAUCUGCAGGAGGAACAAGAGGUGACGCGUCUCAGGGAAGAAGUGGUGACAAAGAUCCGCUCGAACCAACAGAUGGAGAAGGACUUAAAUCUGAUGGACAUCAAGAUCGGACUGCUGGUUAAGAACAGGAUCACCCUGCAGGAUGUUGUUUCACAUAACAAGAAAAUGAAGAACAAGAAAAAUAAAACGAGUAAAGAUGACCAGACUGCUGGAGAUGGACUUGGGAUCAAAGGCCUCAGUAAGGGCAAGAGAAGGAAGCUGGAGGCCUACCAACAUCUCUUUUAUCUGCUGCAGACCAAUCCAUCCUAUUUGGCUAAGCUGAUCUUUCAGAUGCCUCAAAACAAAUCGACAAAGUUCCUGGACACAGUGAUCUUUACUUUGUACAACUAUGCUUCCAACCAAAGGGAGGAAUAUAUGCUGCUCAGACUCUUCAAGACUGCGCUGGAAGAAGAGAUUAAUUCAAAAGUGGAUCAGAUCCAGGAAAUAGUGACGGGCAAUCCUACAGUCAUCAAGAUGGUGGUGAGCUUUAACAGAGGUGCACGAGGUCACAAUGUACUCAGGCAGCUUUUGGCCCCAGUAGUCAAAGAUAUCAUAGAUGACAAGAGUUUAAGCACCAACACCAAUCCUGUGGAGGUGUACAAAGCCUGGGUCAACCAGCUGGAGACGGCGACCGGAGAGGCCAGCAAGCUGCCCUAUGAGGUUACUCCUGAGCAAGCCAUGUCACAUGAGGAAGUACGUAACAGGCUGCAGGCUUCCAGUGCGGCUCUGCGGUCCACAACAGAUAAGGUGUUGAACUUAAUUGUGUCGUCGCUGGAUAACAUCCCUUAUGGCAUGAGAUACAUAGCAAAGGUUUUGAAGCAAAGCCUCCAUCAAAAGUUUCCAGAGGCCUCAGAGGAUGAGCUGCUGAAGAUUGUAGGGAACCUGCUGUACUACCGCUACAUGAACCCAGCCAUUGUGGCACCAGAUGGAUUUGAUAUCAUCGACAUGUCAGCAGGAGGCCAACUUCAUGUCGAGCAGCGACGCAACUUGGGAUCUGUUGCAAAGAUGCUGCAGCAUGCUGCUGCAAACAAGCAUUUUGAGGGCGAGAAUGCGCACAUGAUUUCAAUGAACAACUACAUAUCUCAGGCGUAUGAGAAGUUUAGGUUAUUUUUCCAGGCUGCAUGUGACGUUCCUGAACCCGAGGAGAAGUUUAACAUUGAUGAAUAUUCAGACAUGGUUACUCUGAGCAAACCUGUCAUCUACAUCUCAAUAGAAGAAAUCAUCAACACUCAUUCGCUAGUGUUGGAGCACCUGGAGGCCAUCUCUCCAGACCGAAAUGACCUGCUGCACGAGCUGCUGCAGGACCUGGGAGAUGUUCCUGAUGUAGAAGCUCUGCUUGGUGAAGGAGCUCUAGAUCCAAAUGACCCAAACAGAGAAAGCGCUCUGAGUCAGCUGGCAAAGACUGAGAUCUCUCUAACACUGACCAGCAAGUUCGAACUUCUGGAGGGAGAUGAGAAAGACUUGAAGACCCUCAUGACAAAGACCAAAAAGCUGCUUGUUGAUGUCCUUCGGAUCCAGCAUGGAGAGACAUUACCAGACAUCCUUGAGACCCCAGCUACGGCUCCACAGGAAUCCGAGCAUACGAAGAUGGUCCAGCAUAGGGCGGACCAGGAUGCUCAGACUCCAGAGGGGCUGAAAAGCAGCCCAGCAGUGUUGGAGGACAGCCAGCUGCCUCUCGAGCAAAAGAAGAGGAAGAUCUUAAGAAAUCUCCGUAAUCUUGAACAGGCUGGCCUCGUCACUGCCACUAACAAAUUCCAAGACAUCAUAAACGACAUAGCAAAGGACAUUCGGUACCAGAGACGCUACAGACAGAGGAGAAAGGCAGAGCUUACCAAGCUUCAACAAACACUGACGGCACUCAACUCCAAAACAGCCUUUUUCCAGGAACAGAUGAAUUAUUACGACACCUACAUAAAAACCUGUCUGGAUAACCUCAAUCGGAAGAAUUCACGCAGGUCCAUCAAACUGGACCGCAAAGGAGAAGAAAAGGGCAGUAAGAAGUGGAGGCCUCAGUCUCUGAAGUACACAGCAGCCAAAUUGCAUGAGAAGGGAGUCAUAUUGGAGAUAGAAGGUCUUCAGACAAACCAGUUCAAGAAUGUUAUGUUUGACAUUUCUCCCACUGAGGAAGUUGGAGAUUUUGAAGUGAAGGCCAAAUUUAUGGGUGUUGAAAUGGAAAAGGUCCCACUUCAUUUCCAGGACCUUCUUCAGCUGCAAUAUGAGGGCGUGGCUGUCAUGAAGAUGUUUGAUAAAGCCAAAGUAAACGUUAACUUACUCAUCUUCCUUCUCAACAAAAAGUUUUAUGGAAAAUGAGCACGGAAGAGUGAGCAAGAGAACUACUGGGAGCAAACAAAUAGUGCCUUUGGAGUUUUUGAACGGAAUUAUAAAACAUCACCUGCUUUUAAUUUAAUGAAUCUGAAUCAAUUGUCAACUUCCCGUGUCUGUUCAGUUUAUUUUCUGUGUUGAUUGUAAAUGUAAUGUACUUUUUAGAAAUUAAAUUGUGAUGGAAUUCAUAUUUUAUAUGUAAAAAAAACAAGAAAAAGAACCUUACAUGUUGGAAAAAACUAAAAUAGCCAUUACUACAGCUUACCAGUGCCUUUUAGAUAUAUAAAAAUGUGUUUUAAAUCAAUAUUAAAGCUACAGAUUUAUUUGAAUGUUACUAUUAUUAGUAUAUAAUUAUCUGAAAAUCUUUGACCAAUGUACAAAAUAAACUCCAU